GGGGAAUGCCAUGCUUGGUUGUGUUUGCUGUCCCACAGUCCCUUGACGCAGCAAUGUCAAACCGUAGACAGAUUGCAGAAACAUUGGCUCAAGAGAAAAGGUGUCAUGUGUCCGUUUAGUAAAUUUAUUUAGUUCAGAUGCGCCAAGCUGGGCGAGGUGAUGAGGUUUCGACUCCUCGAAGUGCCACCAGCCACAGCGUGCUUCGAAACAUUUUGAAGUCAGGGAUGUCUGAGGUGCAGGUUGUCAUCCACUCAGAGAUGGAUGAUAUUGCGAAGGAACCAUCCUUGCACAUUCCCAAACGACAAGGAGAUGAGAUGGCAUGCACAGGAUCUAAUCCAAGUAUUGAAACAAAUCCUCCAAGUUUUCAAAGCUUGGCCUGUCCGACCGAUGUGUCCAGGCAUGUGCUGUCCCAUAAUGGUUUGCAAUUGAGUGCUCGGAAGUUGCACACCUGUGCAUGUUUGAGAAUGGGCAGAUGCUGCUGUGUAGCUCUGAGUUUUUUUGGGACUUUUUGUGUUGGCAGCCGGGGUUUGCCUGGCCUUAUUUUGGCCGAGGGAUCCAACAUUGAAAUUGAGAAAACUGGAGACUGACGAGAGGGAUUUGAUGGAUUUUGUGACACUGCUGUCGGCACCAGCAUCUCACGAACAUCCUGAUGCUGUGGAAGCUUCUGCUUUGGUGUUCAUUGCAGAAGUGGAAGUCUUCAAUCCAAAUCUCUUCACCAGCGAAGCCUCAGAGGGGCACCUGGAGUUGAUAUGUCGUGGCAUGGCAGGGCCUGUCGGCGAGGGGGCCUUUCAGGCCGUAACUCUGGAACCACAUGUCACCAAGAUAGUCACGGCGAACUUGUCCGUGAAGUUGCGGGAGGAUUUCCUGACAUUGAUGCAAGCUGAAAUUGCAGCAUCCAGGUUUUCGCUUUCCUUCAGUCUUCUAGCUGCAUCUACUCUGCGCAUAUUUAGUCUUCAGCUACAAUACCAAAUGGCAUGUGAACUUGAUGUGGCUCUCUCUGCUUUAAUGAUGUCAGAGACAAGGAGCGGAGCAGUCACAGGGAAGAAUUGCUGGCACCAGCUCAGCUUGUAACCUAUGAUCUCUUCACCUGGGCUCGAAUUAGAACGUUAAAGCGUCCAAGUCCUCGAGUCUGCAGCAAUGCUGAAGAGGAACCUGUUUUCUGGUACUAAAAUGCAAAUCCGAAG